AUGUCAAACUCCAAGGACACGCCGCCGCCGACGGUGCAGCGGCGGCAGCCCCACGUGACGCGCUGCGUCGCCAUCGUCGUCCUCGUCCUCAUCCUCCUCACCCUCUUCGUCAUCGCCGUCAUCUGGCUCGCCGUCCAGCCCAAGAAGCUCAUCUUCUCCAUCGAGCACAGCUCCAUCACCGGCAACAACGCCACCGCCGGCAACUCCACCUUCCACUGCCUGCUCCGGUCGAGGAACCCCAACAAGCGAGUCUCCUUCCAAUUCAAGAGAAUCGAGGUGGAGGCGACCUACCGCGGCACCAAGCUCUUCAACGGCAGCGUGGCGCCCUUCCGCCAGCCGGUGAGGAACGUGACGGAGGUGGAGGUGGACUUGCCAGAGGUGAGGGCGGCGCUGCAAGCGAAGGAGGCCGACCAAUUUAAGGCGGAGAGGGCCGCGGGGGUCGCCAAGAUGGAGGUCAAGGCCACGGGGAAGAUGAACAUGAAGAUCGGGGUGUUCAAGGUGCAUCGGACAGUCACCGCCGCCUGUGGGCCCUACGACGUCCCAUUUAAGGAGUCGGAGGGGUUUCGGUGGGUCGACUGCCACACCGAUAUAUCUUAUUGA